CCAGGGGCUGGUCACUGCCGUACUUGACUAGAUUUCGGUAAAAAAUUUAGAAAAGCGCCAUCUGCAAUCCUCUUCCUAAAGUAUUUAAUAUCUUCAAGUGAUAAUAGAUGGCUCUUUAAUCAAAAAUUAACUUCCAUAAAAUAUCACUAAAAUUAUUGAAAUCUAAAAAUUAUUUUAUAUAUUAGUAUUACGUAGGAAAUCUAUCAAUUAUUUUUAUUAAAUCUGUACACUAUUUUAUAUACAUAAAUUAUUUUUCUAUAAUUAUUUUUUUGGUUGGCAAUAAACCGUGCCAACUGCCAAUGCUGAAGUUAGAAUUUGAAUUUUAAUGGCGAGUACAGUACAUACAAUUUGUGUGUUAAGUUUUCGUCCAUUUAAGUGUUUUCUGCUGUUGACUUGCGUUGAUUUGAGUUUUACUCAUCCGCUGUGUUUUCGGUGAAUUAGUGAGUGAGUUGAGCUGUGCUCCUCUGUUUCAUUGUUUCACAUAACUUGCGAAAAGACGCCAUUAGUGUUUAGUAUUAUUUGCGAUAAAGACGCCUUUUGUGAUAUUUGUGAAAUAGACACUGUUAUUGUGUUAUUAGCGAUUAGAGACGCUUGUUUGAGUGCAUAUAAUCAUGCCGAGGCGGUGCGAAUUGGGAUGUUCACACAACCCGGGUGUGACACAACAUCAAUUUCCACACCCAGAAAAGAAUCCUGAGUUAUUCAAAGCCUGGGUUAAUAUAGUUGGUGGAAAACUGGAGACUGCAGAUGAUAUCAAAUUUUACAGAAAGCGAGUCAUCUGUGACAUACAUUUUGCAGACAAGUUUAAGAAUCGCAACAACCGUUUAAAUAACAUAGCUGUUCCUACUCUCCAUCUUCAGGGUGCUCCAUCACAAGAUGCUCAUAUGCCUCCUGCAACUCCACAUAUACCAACUGAACUUCCUAUGCCUGAACAUAAUAUAUGGAAUCUGCCUUCUACAUCAAAGCAAAUAGUCACUGGUGCUCCAUCACAAGAUGCUCAUAUGCCUCCUGCAACUCCACAUAUACCAACUGAACUUCCUAUGCCUGAACAUAAUAUAUGGGAUCUGCCUUCUACAUCAAAGCAAAUAAUCACUGCUGCACCUCCCAAUGCGUGUGUUAUAGCAGCAGAACAUAAUUAUUGCAGUAAACAUGGUAUACAACAAAGACGGAAACUUAAAGGAGACAAAAAAAAACUGAAAUCAACUUCAUCGCUGGAGAAUGAAUUAAAGAUUUCAAGAUUCCAAAUGAAGAAUUUAAAAACCGAAAUUAUUCGGUUACGUAAACGGAGUAGUAGUUUGAAAGAAAGAUUAGCCAGCGUUGAUAAAAUUAGCAAUACAAAUUGUUUAAAAAAAAUAACGAGAAAUAUGACAACUGCAGCAAAAAUAUUCACAAACAUGCAGUACACCCAAACUCACAAGAGAGCUCGUGGGCGGAGGUUUACUUUAAAGGAAAAAGUUUUGUCUCUCCAUGUACAAAAAGAGUCCCAAGAGUUAUACUCUUUUAUAUAAAUACUUUACAUUGCCCUCUAUAAAAUCAUUAAAAAGGCUUCUUGCGAAAAUUGAAAUAGAGUCGGGGCUAAAUAAGUUUUUAUUCAUAAAAAUGAGAAAGACUGUGAAGGAAUUAAGUCCAGAAGAUCGCCUCUGCUGUCUUAUUUUUGACGAGAUGUCAAUAUCGCCGCAGAUCCAUUACGACGGAUCUAAGGAUAAAUUAAAGGGAUUCGCUUGGCGUAGUAAAAAAAUUGCUGACCAUGUUUUAGUUUACAUGGUCAAAGGAUUAAAGAAAAAAUUUAAACAGCCUGUUGCAUACUUUUUUACAAAUUCUGUUAACAAAGCAGAAUUAAAAGCCUUGACUAUAAAAGUCAUUAAAUAUGUUCAGGGUACAGGGCUUAAUAUUUUGUGCACAGUGUGCGACCAAAGCACAGUAAAUGUCAGUGUAGUGAAUGAAAUUAUUGAAGAUAGUAGAAUAAAAUUCAUAAAAGAAAAUAAGGAAUGGAGACAUGAUGUAAUGGAAGUAGGGAAAUCUAAAAUUAUCCCAUUAUUUGAUGUCCCUCAUUUAUUGAAAGGGGUAAGAAACAAUUUACUUACGAAGGACUUAAAAUAUUUCGACUUCGAAGAAAAGGUUGAAAAGACGAUAAAAUGGGAAUAUUACCAGAAAAUUUAUGAAGCGGACAAAUUACAUGGUGAAUUAAAAAUAUGUCAGAAACUAACUGAUGAACAUAUUUAUGUGGAGAAAAU